AUGCCUCAGCCCUAUCAAACCCAAGCGGCUACUGACGAGGGAAAGAGCCGAGAGCCCACGAUUAUCAUAGGCAUCGACUUUGGUACAACCUAUUCAGGCGUUGCCUGGACCACUUCAAGCAGACCCGGACAUAUCAACAUGAUAACGAACUGGGAUGCCGUCAAGAAUCACUGCAGUGACAAGGAAAAAGUCCCGAGCGUCAUCCAUUACGGCGAUAAAGGCGAAAUUUCUUGGGGUUACUCUGUUCCAGAGAAAGCAUCUUCACUCAAGUUCGAGUGGUUCAAGCUUUGUCUCUUACACGAGGGCGACAUUCCUAAAGAUAUUCGCAACGCGGCACAGAUUCAAGCUGCUCGCAAAUCUUUGAGAGAGUCAAACAAGCGUGUAGAGGAUGUGAUUAGCGACUAUCUACGGGAGCUAUGGAAGCAUAGCAUCAGGAACAUUCGGAGAGCUGUUGGUGGGCAGUUGGUGGACAUUUCCAAGUUCAAGGUUGUUGUCACCAUUCCCGCUAUCUGGCCAACCUAUGCUCAGCCUCGCAUGACCCAGGCCAUAAGAAAGGCCGGCAUUCUGGAACCUCGAAUUGCUGGCGAUACAGUCCUGAAAUUCCUUACGGAGCCAGAAGCAGCUGCUUUGGCUACGAUACACGACAUGAGCACGUAUAGCCGGCCGAAUAUGGAGGUUGGGGACCAUUUUGUUGUUUGCGACGCUGGUGGAGGCACUGUCGAUGUCAUCACCUACACCGUCAUCCAGACUGAUCCAAUUCGAGUUGAAGAAAGCGUCAAGGGAGACGGAAAGCUUUGCGGCGCUACCUUCUUGGAUGAGAUGUUUCUAACGGCCCUUCGAAGCAAAAUCAACAAAGUCUCUUCAAAUGCUUUCGAAAUUCUUGAAAAAAAUGGAGGGUUGCGUCGCAUUAUGCACAACGAUUGGGAGAAUGGCAUCAAACCUCAGUUUAGCAACUCUAAUCAACACUGGGUGGUUCAGAUGCCAAACAGCGGGUCAAACAGAAAACGAACUUAUGAUCAGUUCCACUUCUCAGACCUUAAAUUCAGUGCCAAAGAUGUCCAGAAGAUCUUCAAGCCAAUAGUGGCUGAAAUAGAGACCUUGAUAGCUAUUCAAGCAUCAACUGUCAAAAUAAAGUACAAAAAGGAACCCAAGUUCCUCGUCCUGGUCGGUGGAUUUGGCAGGCAGCUGUUUCUUUACACUCGGCUUCAAGACCGACUGAACUAUAAGAAGGGCCAAAAAGAGAAGACCGAAGUGCUACAAGGCUCAGGUGCAGAACCUUGGACAGCAGUCUGUCGCGGGGCCGUAAUAAAGGGACUCGAGCAGUGUGAAGAUACAACCGAGUCCACAGUCAGUUCCCGGAUAUCAAGAAUAAACUACGGCACGUCUUGUUAUCAUUCACCAUGGGAAGCGGAGCAGCAUGAUCCACGGGAUAAACGCUGGUGUGAUAUGGAGCAGGAGUUCGUAGCUAAUGACCAGACAUCUUGGUUUUUACACGUUGGUGAAACUAUUCCCGUAGAUGAGCCUAUCACGAAAAGUUUCUAUCAGAACCUCACGCAACCGACCGAAAUAGUUGAGACCAGUUUCAUCUACUCAACGACGAGUACUCCGUCAAAAAGAUGCGAUGAGACAGUCAAACAACUCUGCAGCGUACGCUGGGAGAGAGUUCCUAAUUUCUACAGCCUGCCUACUCGGAGAAAUUCAAAAGGUCGGGUUAUCAGGUACAUUGAAUACGAUGUUAAGAUGACAUCAAACGGAGUAACUCUAGAUUUUGAAAUUGUUUGCAACGACCAAGUCAUGGCGUCGACAAAUUUCUGUAUCGACUAUACCGGCUGUGGUUCUACCGUGAAUCAAGGAGACGAUGACUCGACCGAAGACUCUGGGGAUGAUUGA